AUGGCUAUGAAAUCAGCAAUAGAGCAAGUCUUCAUUAACACAAAGCACAGAAACUGCUUGUUCCACAUAAAGACCAAAUGCUACAAUAAGAACAUCAAGGUAUUUGCAGCAAACGAAGGACUGUAUGAAGAAUUUGAAGAUGUAGUCAACAAUUGUCUAACAGAGGAAGAGUUUGAGCGACUUUGGAAGAGAAUGAUUGAGGAAAGAAACCUACAAGGGAAUCAAUACUUCAACAGAAUGUGGGAGAUGAGGAAAAGGUUUAUCCCGGUCUACUACAAAAAUGAUUUUUUCCCAUUCAUACAGACCACAUCCAGAAGUGAGGCAACAAAUGCGAGGUUCAAAGAUAAUGUUGGGCCUACCUAUAGUAUCCUUAGCUUUUUGAAAGAGUACAAUCGGAUUGUUGACAACAUAAAUCAGGCAGAAAGGCUGGAGGACAACUAUAGCAACCAGAAAAGGCCAAAAGAAUUUAUAUUUGGCUACAGAAUAGAGCAGCAGGCACAACAACUAUACAAUAGAAACAUAUUCAAAAAGUUCCAGCUACAACUGAAGGAAACAUCAAGGCUGAACUACAGGGAGACUGAAUAUGGAAAGACAUUUGAGGUUUGGCAGAAAAGUAACGAGAUUCAUGAGGUUCAUAGGUUCAGAAGGUAUACAGUAAACACUGAACUAACACAAGGUCAAGAAGAAUUUACCUGCAUAUGUGCAAAAUUCAGUAAAGAUGGAAUAUUGUGCUCUCAUAUCCUGAAAAUAGUCAUUGAAAAAGAAAUCAGCACAAUUCCAGAGAAAUACUUCAUAGAAAGGUGGAGAAAAAAGAAUAUGAUGGUUCAUGUUGAAAGAAGAGAAGAAGAAACAGUUGAAACAAGCCCAUUGUUGAGAUUCAACAUAUUAUCCAGGAAGUCAACAAUACUGAAUUCAAAAGGAUCAAAAACUGAGCAAGCAAUGGAAUAUCUAAUGGCAGAAUUCGACAAGAUGGAAAUCAAUUUAGAUAGAAUGUUAUCUGCUCAGCAAUCAGGCGAGGCACAAAAUGACCAGCAAGGCAGCAAUGAAGGAGGAGAAACUAUACCAGGAGGAACUAGAGAUACACGCACUGAAAUAGAUGAGCCAGAAACAAUUUAG